CUGGCAGUGCAUUAUCCACCUGAGACCAGAGCGACACUCGGUAGGGGCAGAAGGCUUUCCUGAGCCUCUUGAGACAGAGCCUAGGACCCAAGAUCCAGGCAGCUGUUCAAGGAACUGGAAGCCAAACACAACAGGUGCUCGGGAGUUCACCAUGACCAGCCCAGACCCCAGGCCCUCCCCUGGCUUGGUUCGGUGGGCCGAGAGCUAUGAGGCCAAGUGUGAGCGAAGACAGGCGACCCGAGAAAGCCCGCGCAGCCGCCACAGCGAGACCACCUCCCGCCAGCCUGGGAAGGCGCUGAGGACCCAGCACAGAGAGCAGCUUCAGAGAGCUCGACAACUACAGUUCUUCAGAAGGAGGAACCUGGAAGUGGAGGGGAAAAGCCCAGCCAGGGAGUCAGGAUCCUGUCGCAGGACAGGCAGAGGGACAGGCCAGGUGGCUGUGCUCAAACAAUCCUUGCCUUGUGCCAACAAGACCACUUCCUCUGGACAGCAGGUAGCAGGAACCAGCACUGAGGUUUUUCUACCCCUGCAUCAUCCUUCCUCAAGCACCCAGAGGGAUGUGUCUGAUCACCACUCCUCACAGGCAGGAGCCCUUCCACAAAAGGACUCUGCCACCAAGAAAUCACACAGACAGCACCGGGGUACUCAGACAAAGGCAGAAGAGGUACGGCCAACGAUAAAGACUGAUGCCAGCCAGCAAACCAACUGUGGAGUUGCAGUUCUGGACAAGGAAAUCAUCCAGCUUUCUGAAUACCUCAAAGAGGCCCUACAAAGGGAGCUGGUCCUAAAACAGAAAAUGGUGAUUCUCCAAGACCUGCUGCCUGCCCUGACCCGGGCCUCUGACAUCUCUUGGAAGGGGCAGCUUAAUGAGGACAGACUGAAAGGCAAACUAAGGUCCUUAGAAAACCAGCUCUAUACCUGUACCCAGAAAUACUCCCCUUGGGGGCUGAAAAAGGUACUGCUGGAGAUGGAAGACCAGAAAAACAGUUACGAGCAGAAGGCUAAGGAGUCACUGCAGAAGGUGCUGGAGGAGAAGAUGAGUGCGGAGCAGCAACUGCACAGCGCACAGCUGUCCCUGGCUCUGGCAGAGAAGAAGUGUGAAGAGUGGAGGAGCCAGUACGAGGCUCUGAAGGAGGACUGGAAGACCCUAGGGGCCCAGCACAGAGAGCUGGAAAGCCAACUGCACGUGCUUCAGUCCAAGCUACAGGGAGCAGACAGCAGAGACUCAUGGAUGAACCAGGCCCUCCGACUCUUAGAAAAUGAGCACCAGGAGCUGCAAGCCAAGAUCGAACACCUACAAGGGGACAGAGACCAACAAAGCUCCAAUACUCAGGACCUGCAAGACCAACUGAAGAAGUCAGAGGAAGAAAAGCGUACCCUGGUGACCAGAGUGCAGCAGCUGCAGGGUCUGCUUCAGACUCAGUCCUUACAGCUUCAAGAACAGGAGAAGCUCUUAAAGAAAGAUCAGGCUUUGCCUGUGUGGAAUCCAAAGCUCUCCCACAAUGAAGUGGAACCUGAGGGUACAGGGAAGGAGAAAGACUGGGCGCUCAGAGACCAGCUGGAAAAGAUGACUUCUCAGCUUCAGGCCAAGGAAAAGGAGUGCAAAGAGCUGCAUUCAGAGUUAGACAACCUCAGUGAUGAGUACCUCUCCUGUCUGCGUAAGCUACGGCACUGUCGAGAAGCGAUGAACCACAAGCAGGACCUGCCUCCCAGAGUAAGAGUGUCCAGCCUCCUCUCUAGCCCAAUGGUGGUGGGAGGCCUGUCUGAAGCCCAGUCUUAGGGACAAAAUGCAUCAGCCCACACCAACAGCUGUUCAUCCUGUCCCACUCCACCUGAUUUACUGUGUUGGCAAUCCAGCAACCAUGAAGGAAAACAUAUCUCCCAAAUCCACACCCAAUUUUCAUGGCACUCAGGUCUGGAAGGAAAAACGGUGAAGUGGGCAUCCUUACUCCAAAAGCUGCCCUGUUCUGGAGCCAGAACUUAUUAAGCAAGUAUAAACACGAUGCUCAGAAAUUUUCAGAUGAUUCUGGAGCAUUUGGGAUUCAGUUUUUUAAAUUAAGUCUGCUCAACUGGUAAAGUCUGCAAAUAUUACAAAAUGCAAAAAACUCUAAAACUUGAAGCACUCCUAAUCAUAAAUUUCAGAUAAGGGACGCUUCACUACAUUAGUUAAGUAUGAAAGGGUUCGAUUUCCAGCACCCACAUGGUGGCUAUGAACCGUCCUUAACUCCAGUUCCAGGGGAAUCCGAAGCCCUCUUCUGACCUCCACGGCAUUGCAUGACAAGGGUGCACUCACAUACAUGCAGGCAAUACAUUCAUACACAUAAAAUAAAAAUACUUUUUUUUUUGUAAAAAAAGACACUUUUAAUCGAUUGUGAACACAAUGACAAGGGCAGAGGGAGCAGAGCAGUACUGAGACACAUGAGUACUAUUGGCUGAGUUAUUUUCCAUCUUCGAUGAUGCCUAUCAGCAUUUAAAUGUCUGUCCCUACUGGAGUAGAGUCACUAGGCCACUAGUAAACUGGUUUUAUCUCAAGGGAGGUGACAGAAAGUAGAGGACACUGAAGCAGGAAAGGUCCCUUUCUUCCACCAGCCCAAGGUUUCACACUGGGCUAGAACACCAAGGACUAGUCCUAACCCUAUUCUCUCUAACCUACUCAUGGCUGCUCUCUCCUGUCUCCACCUCCUCCACACAGAGGCAAUGUGGCCAGUGGCUCCCGGUACUGAUGGUGGUGAUCGCUAUAGCACUGGCAGUGUUCCUGACCAACAAAGACGACCUGAUGAUAUGAGCAACUUGGUAACAGCCCAAACUGCAAACAACUCUGUGAAGAACUCAGAUUUCAGUACUUCCCAACUUGGAUUUUCCCUCAAAGUGAAUCAGAUUCCUGGUUUUAUUUUUUUUACCCUGCUAUAAAUAAACUUGACCUUAUCAGACUAUUCCUUGAACUGUUUAUUCCUAAAAGGUACAUCACAGCCUGACACUUAAGCAUGUGACCAAGUGUUCUAAUCCAAUGAGAGGGAUAUAAAUACGCAAACACACAAAGUCCUCCUUUCCAGUGAGGCACUCUGUGCUUGGGGCAGGCCACCACCCAAGGGUGUACUGUUUAUCCUCCGCAAUCUGCCUUUCCCCAGUGUCUCCUUCCUUCUAUCUCAUAGUCAGUGAAAACUAGGCUAGGCACCUCUGCUAGGUCCAGAGGAGCUCCUGGAACAGAAACAGAAACCACUACUGUCAGCACCCCCAGCCCUGUUCACAUAUAGAGUCGAUUGAUAGGGCAGCAUUCUUCCUGGGACACUUGGGAUGACUCUGGUUGCAUCUUUGGCCAGGGACAGGCACGUAUGGAACACCUUCUCCACAGGCAGAAGCAGUCAGAGGGCCACAGCAGGCAGAGUGACUACCUCUGAGGAGAUGUUGAGGUCAGCAAAGUCAUUCUGAAUUGUAAACCGGGCUCUGAGGUCCUUCU